CGCGUCGGGUAAACCUGUUUGGCGAGGCGGCCGCGCCGGGGCGGAUCGCGCGGCCCGCGGCUCCCUCGCGGCUCGCGGCGUCGGGGCCCCUGGCGCGCGCACUGCCGCCCCUCGGCCCCGGAGCCCCUCGGCGGCGCCACCAUGUACUCGGGAGCCGGCCCCGUGCUCACGCCUCCAGCGCCGCCGCCCCCCGUCCAAGGAUAUGCCUUCAAGCCGCCGCCCAGACCCGAUUUCGGGACCUCCGGGAGAACAAUCAAACUGCAGGCCAACUUCUUUGAAAUGGACAUUCCCAAAAUUGACAUCUACCAUUAUGAACUGGAUAUCAAGCCCGAGAAGUGCCCAAGGAGAGUGAACAGGGAAAUUGUGGAGCAUAUGGUCCAGCACUUUAAAACUCAGAUCUUCGGGGAUCGGAAGCCAGUGUUUGAUGGAAGGAAGAACCUCUACACGGCCAUGCCGCUGCCCAUCGGCAGAGAUAAGGUGGAGCUGGAGGUGACGCUGCCGGGGGAGGGCAAGGACCGCAUCUUCAAGGUGUCCAUCAAGUGGGUGUCCUGCGUGAGCCUGCAGGCGCUGCACGACGCACUUUCGGGGCGGCUGCCCAGCGUCCCCUUCGAGACCAUCCAGGCCCUGGACGUGGUCAUGAGGCAUUUGCCAUCCAUGAGGUACACGCCCGUGGGCCGCUCCUUCUUCACCGCCUCCGAAGGCUGCUCCAACCCGCUGGGUGGGGGCCGAGAAGUCUGGUUCGGCUUCCACCAGUCGGUGCGGCCGUCCCUGUGGAAGAUGAUGCUCAAUAUCGACGUCUCUGCCACCGCAUUCUACAAGGCCCAGCCAGUAAUCGAGUUCGUGUGUGAAGUCUUGGAUUUUAAAAGUAUCGAAGAGCAACAGAAACCUCUGACAGAUUCCCAAAGGGUGAAGUUUACCAAAGAAAUCAAAGGCCUGAAGGUGGAGAUCACACACUGUGGGCAGAUGAAGAGGAAGUACCGCGUUUGCAACGUGACCCGGCGGCCCGCCAGCCACCAGACGUUCCCGCUGCAGCAGGAGAGCGGGCAGACCGUGGAGUGCACCGUGGCCCAGUACUUCAAGGACAGACACAAGCUGGUCCUGCGCUACCCCCAUCUCCCGUGUCUGCAGGUCGGCCAGGAGCAGAAGCACACCUACCUCCCCCUAGAGGUGUGCAACAUUGUGGCCGGGCAGCGCUGCAUUAAGAAGCUGACGGACAAUCAGACCUCAACCAUGAUCAGGGCAACCGCUCGCUCUGCCCCCGACCGCCAGGAGGAAAUCAGCAAGCUGAUGCGCAGCGCCAGCUUCAACACAGACCCAUACGUGCGUGAGUUUGGAAUCAUGGUCAAGGAUGAGAUGACCGACGUGACUGGCCGCGUCCUGCAGCCUCCUUCCAUCCUCUACGGGGGCCGGAACAAAGCGAUCGCCACACCUGUGCAGGGCGUCUGGGACAUGCGCAACAAACAGUUCCACACGGGCAUCGAGAUCAAGGUGUGGGCCAUCGCCUGCUUUGCACCCCAACGCCAGUGCACGGAGGUGCACCUCAAGUCCUUCACCGAGCAGCUCCGGAAGAUCUCCAGGGACGCGGGGAUGCCCAUCCAGGGGCAGCCUUGCUUCUGCAAGUAUGCCCAGGGCGCUGACAGCGUGGAGCCCAUGUUCCGGCACCUGAAGAACACCUAUGCCGGCCUGCAGCUGGUGGUGGUCAUCCUGCCGGGCAAGACCCCCGUCUACGCUGAGGUCAAACGUGUGGGGGACACGGUGCUGGGCAUGGCCACACAGUGUGUGCAGAUGAAGAAUGUGCAGAGGACCACACCCCAGACGCUGUCCAAUCUCUGCCUGAAGAUCAAUGUCAAGCUGGGCGGCGUCAACAACAUCCUGCUUCCCCAGGGCAGGCCUCCAGUUUUCCAGCAGCCCGUCAUCUUCCUGGGGGCUGACGUCACACACCCCCCUGCCGGUGAUGGCAAGAAGCCCUCCAUCGCAGCUGUCGUGGGCAGCAUGGAUGCCCACCCCAACCGCUACUGUGCCACUGUGCGGGUGCAGCAGCACCGGCAAGAAAUCAUUCAGGACCUGGCGGCCAUGGUGCGGGAGCUGCUCAUCCAGUUCUACAAGUCCACACGCUUCAAGCCCACUCGCAUCAUCUUCUACCGCGAUGGCGUGUCCGAGGGCCAGUUCCAGCAGGUGCUGCACCAUGAGUUGCUGGCCAUCCGAGAGGCAUGCAUCAAGCUGGAGAAAGACUACCAGCCGGGCAUCACCUUCAUCGUGGUGCAGAAGAGGCACCACACGCGGCUCUUCUGCACCGACAAGAAUGAGCGGGUGGGGAAAAGCGGGAACAUCCCAGCAGGCACCACUGUGGACACGAAGAUCACCCACCCCACUGAGUUUGACUUCUACCUGUGCAGCCACGCUGGCAUCCAGGGAACCAGCAGGCCUUCCCACUACCACGUGCUCUGGGACGACAAUCGCUUCUCUUCGGAUGAGCUGCAGAUCCUCACCUACCAGCUGUGUCACACCUACGUGCGCUGCACGCGCUCGGUGUCCAUCCCAGCACCUGCCUACUACGCUCACCUGGUGGCCUUCCGGGCCAGGUACCACCUGGUGGACAAAGAACACGAUAGUGCUGAAGGAAGCCAUACCUCUGGGCAGAGCAACGGCCGAGACCAUCAGGCCCUGGCCAAGGCCGUGCAGGUCCACCAGGACACGCUGCGCACCAUGUACUUCGCUUGACUGUUGACAUGUUUACGAUUGUGUACCAGUUGGAUUCACAUGAGACCAGCUACACUCAGACCAACAGAGGCCCACCCCUUCCGUGCAGCCCGCGGGGAACAUGAGACGUCGUCGGCUUCGCUAGAUUCGCCAUUUCCAGAUUGCCUUCCGUCCCCGAUUUCAGACUUGGAUUUGGAACUGCAGCCUGUGUGAGACCCACUGCCGUAGGAAGUAUGGUUUGCCAAAAUCUCUAAGCUGCUUGUUAAAACAGAGUCCCGUGUUCCCAAACAUCUCCCAGAACCAGUCUAUGAACUCAGGGCUUUAAAACAUUUUUAAUUUAUUUGGUCAUUCGAUGUACUUGUUUCUAACACACGAUUCUCUAUGAAAGGGAUGGGCUCGAACUAGCCGUGAGCACUCUGAGAGGGAGCCACUCGCCACAUGGGUGGUUUUAAAGCCUUGAGCCUUCCAGUUCCAAGUGACCGAGCGUGCUCCUUCCUGGGCUGGCCCCAGCCCUUCGGCCGCCCCCCGCCCGCUCUGGGCGAGGAGCCAGGAGCAAGCAGAGGUGGGCGGUAUGCGUUUACACUCGUGGGCCCAGAGAGAUUGGCAGGCAAGUGCCAUUUUAGUAGAAAUUUAUGUAAAACAAAACUUAAAAAAAAAAAAGAGCAAAGACAGAAUGCCGGCGGUCUGAUCAUGGGCUCGCCUCUAGGACUGUGAUGUUUAUUCCCAAAGUUUCUGAAGAAUACGGGUCUGUGGGAUGGACACAGUAUAAUCCUCUCUCACUGUGUGUCUGUGACGUAAAGAAAGUAGGUACCUGGUUUGCAGUAUUACUGGGAUAGGUAGAAACUUUUUCAUUUUGGGACUACGGGGUGCUUCUUCCUGUUACCUGUUUAGCAUAUCAGAGUAUUAGUGGGGCGGGGGAUGGUGCCGUCCCGUGGCCCCCGGUGCUGGCGAGCGGGAGCCUGUGUGUCUCCAGGGGUGCUGCAGCCCGUACCUCCCUCCCAGGGCGCCACCCUCACCCCGCCCCAUAGGACCCCCAGCCGACGAAGCACAAAUGGGUGUGCUGACCCUCCCGUCCUGGGCCGGGGUUCCGUUUGGGGCGCCCCUCCCCGGUGGAAGGGUCGAUGCACUGAGACAGACGUGGGGCUGCCCUCUGUGGAAGCAGUUGCACCAAGAGAGUGGCUGGUUCAUCGGCUCUGUGCACACCGUCAGGCCCGGGGGCUCCUCCUGUGCUGCUUCGUACUUGCAGCUCCCUCCCCCGUCCUGCCCGCCACCCAGGCUGUCUCACUCUGGGAAGGUGGGCAGCAGAGUGGCUGUUGGUCCCACGGGUCUGUCUUGCUGUCCCCUUUUCUCGUCUCCUGCGGCCCCCAGGCGCUCGCUGAGGAGGCCCCUCCCCCCUCUGCUCCAUCCGAUUGGCCCGGUGCUGAGCUCGAAGUCUUGUAGGAAAGGUUUUCUUCAGAAGGGGAGGAGGCAGGACAUGCAGACUGAGCCUGCUUGCUGCCCACCUUCGUACCUGUCUGGUGGUUCAGAAUCCAAAUGGCUGUAGUUACAGUUUCUCAGGUAAAUACUUGUUUCCCAAAUUUCUACCAGUCCCGUCACUAGGCUCGACCCUGAGACGCGUCACACCUCAGUGCAGCAGGCUUGGGCCUCGCCCUGUCCACCUGCUUUCACACUUGCUUGCCCUACCAUGAUGCCCAGCCCGAGGGGGCUCCCUGACUCGGCCCAUCCCCCGCUGUCCCCCUCGCAGCUCGGCCCCCCUUUCCCCACACUGUCAAGUCAGGUGUGCCUUGCUUGAAGCAAACUGAAUGUGAACUUGGGGUGUAGAAUUCGGCGCUCUGGCUGUGCCCAGAGCAUUCACUAUAGGAAGAUGAAGGCGUCUCCAUGUCCCCCUAUGUGCCCACCCAACCCCCAUCCCCCAGUCUGUGGGUGCCUCUCAGAGGCUCCGGGUGGUCCUUCUCGGCUCAGAGCCGUGCCAUUGUGCUGUGGGGCAGCUCACCCAGGUGAUGUGGUGUUGUGGCCAGGGGGCUCGGGUAUGCCCCCUCUACAAAGGGGCUACUACCCUGCUCUCUGGCAUGUUUUUUUGGGGGAGGGGAACCCCUUCCAAACGGCACUUAGAGGCGUUCAGUAGGGCGGGGGUUGUCUCUGAAGUUAUGUUCUGUGUUUUUAUUGUUAUUAAAUACAAAUGUUGCUAUUUAUUUCCCUUCCUGCCCGCUUUGCUUGGCUGCGUGGCUUAUCUGAGGUGUGAGGUGCCUGAUGGAGGUGACAGGCACUGGCUCCCAGUUGUUGUAGACCACCCGGUCCAUACCUUCGAGUUUGCUGCAUGAUUUAUUUUUGAAAGCCACAAUAGUUUCUCGGGGUGAAUUGUUUUUCUUACAGAGGCGCCAAUGUACUUUGGCAUUGGUCAGUGGGGUGAUGGGGUCUUAUUUUUACAAGGCAGAUUUUCAGUCAGAUUCUAUAUUUGAUAUAAUAGGUUCAGGGUAGAGCGCCCGGUGGGGGCAGCAUGGGGACGGGGGCAGUGCAGGCUUCAGUCGGGGCUUCCUGGGCCUCUCCUGGCCCUGCAGCAGUUCCCACCUAAGUGGAGCGACAACCAUGGGUGCACCCAAUGGACAGUCCCAUGGCCUGCAAGCCAUAGCCAUUCUCAGUGACCUCCAUCUGCUGUGCCCCCACUCACAAGGACCUCCACAUCCGCGUCCCCCUUUCAGAGCCCCCAGCACCUACUCCAGCUGGACGCAGGGUGGCAGAGCACACCGGGGUCCUGAAGGUCGCCCACCCGAUCAGUGUUAGAUGUGCGCAGUCCUGCCCACCUCCAGCACUGCGAGGAGGUGGCUCGUGGCUCUGUGGGGCCGUGAGGUCACUGUUGGACGGGCCCAGCGUGUCCUCAGCACAUCCUGCUGCUCUGUUCGGUCUUUCUGGCCUCCCUGCGCGUGGUUGCUCGUCACAGCUCUCCAUGUGCGGGAACGGACACAGACCAGGCUACCUCCGCCCUCUCAGUCAUGCCAGCACCCAUAGCCGGUUCUCACCAGAGGGCUCUGUGCUAUGCCCUGCCAGGAUGCUGGCGGCAGGCGGAGCCUUACUUGGCUGGCCCCUCUGGUGGGUAUCCCUUGCCACUGCCCUCCAUCCAGGUCGUGUGAGGUAGAAGAAUUGACACCAAGGCCUGGGAGCACGGUCUUGCCCUUCUGGGUGAUGAGAGUCAUGUGUCAGGCGUGGGUGGCCGAAGCGUUCUUGUCCUCACCUGCCCACACACAGCCCACUUUGGGGGGCCUGUAGGAAGCAUGUUCUCUCAUUUACAACCUUCUUGGACUAGGUCGAGUUUGGGCUACACCAAAUGCUCGCUCGCCCCAGCUGGCCACACGCGCUUUCAGAGCUGGGAACACCCAGACAGCGGCGGGGGGCGGGGGGGGGGCGCCUAUGGGCAGGCCCUGCUCUUGGCACUUGUUGCUGCCCUUCUAGUCCGGGCUGUAUCCAUCUGGUCGCAGGAUCAAGCCACUCUGUUGCCUGGUCUAGGUGACCAGCCUAGCACGGGGUCAGGCCUGGCGUUCAGGUGAGGCACGUGGCCACCUCACACCUCCUGGGGCAGCUCAGAGUGUCAGGGACCCUUGCCUAGGUGAGGGGCCCUGCCCAGCUCCCCAAAAAGGUCGGCAGAGCUUUGGAACGCACGCUUUCUUGGCUGGUGGUCUAAGACCCCAGCCCCCUCUCGCGCUGGUUCAGUGGGACGAACGGGACAUGGUCUGCGUGGUGAGCGGCGGACACCCACGGGUCAGCGUCCACAGCCCUCUGCUCUAGCGAUGUGUUCAGAGCGGACUUCAGAAUUUGAUAGUGGAAUUUAUGUAGUUGCUGAAGAUGUGAAUUCGUAUUUUAUAUCUUGUAGAGGCAAGUGAGUCUUUACUUUGUCGAGAAUUUUCAGAGAAUGAUUGUAAGCCUCACGCAGAGUGGCUCACUGCCCCUAAGUGCAAGGAAGAAUGUAGUGUCUGAAUCCAGUUUUUUCUUACCUCUGGUACACUUCAGAUUACUUACCUAAUAUGUAUUGAGGGUUUUAACCCUGUGUUUUAUCAGCUUUUCUAGUUUCAUUUUAUUUUUAUAAAAUAAUUGAAAAACAACCAAAAACAAAUUCAAAAGUUCCAUAGGUUGGUCUUGCCGCUUCUUAGUCCCUGCCCCUCCCACACACACACACACACACACACACACACACACACACACACACACACAUGCGUGCACCCCUCUGUGAACCAUUUUAGGAGACAUUUUGCAUCGAACUGUACCUGCCCUUUGAAAGUUGACUUUUCUAAGAAGCCGAGCAGCUGCAGGGCCGUGCCGGGGGCUGCUCCCCGUGUGUCUGUGCCCCCUUCCUCCGGGGUGGGCUGUGCUGUACAGCCAUGUUUCGUGCUGCGUGUGCCUCGGCAGUCCCGUGUCGCUGGCAUGUCUGUGCUGGCCUCGCCGGUCGGAGUUUGCGUUUGUUCCAUGCAGUGUCAGGCCGAUGAUGGCAUCUGAGAACCUGCUGAACCCAGUUCCCAGACUCGCUGUUCCGUCUCGGCCAAGCCCCAUGCUGUGUUUUUGAGGAUGUCCCAUGCUUGCAUGAUGCUAGUUGGUGACGCCACUUCAAAUGAAGCCUUAAUCAGAUGUUAAAUUGUGAGUUUCAGAGUAUGCAAAAAUAUUCGGCAGAGUGAGUUGAAACUGCUCAGAUCAAGAUGCUAUGUCAGAGCCAACAAGUCAUAUCUCUGGAGUUAUAAAGGGAAACUUGGGUACAGAAUUUCCCGUCUCUCUCCCUCUCUGCCCGCCCUGCCCCUCUGCUGGAGGGAAAGGGCCGUGCGGCUGAGUGGGGGGCUCGCUGCUCUGAGAUGACCCACCAGCUGCAGGCCUGGCCGCUCCGCGCUCCGCACUUUCUCCCCACGCGCCAACUCCUGGCCCGGCCUCCAUGUUGAUCCCACGGGUUUGUGUUUCUGCAAAAGCAUCUUAAAUCUAGACACAAAAUGGAGGGGACCCAGCUUUCUUUACAAUGUGGAUCUACCUCAGUUAAACAGUUGGGUGCUAUUUACUUAGUCUGUCAAAUUAAAUUGGAAAAAGUAACCAAACAGUGAGCUAUAACUCCACACGAAGCUUGAAACCAUCUUUCCGUUUAUUUAAUAUUUUUAUUUAUUUUGUGCCUUUUGUGUUGAAUCCUAAUGCAUUGAGAAACCCAUUUAAAAUGAACUAUUUUAUAUUGGCCGUGAAACUUAAUAGAUCCCCCUCAGCCAACUACUAACGUGCUUUGGAACCCCAACUGCCCUCUCGUGAAAAGAAAAAAUGUCCCAGAGCAAAUUUCAUGUUACCAACAAGAAACCCCCAACCUUCUGUGCUCGCCUCUUUUUCUCUCCCUUCGUUUUCUGUGCCACUGAAGGGGUGACAGGCAGCCCCCAGCCCUCCCAUCACGGCCAGCCCUGGCACCAACUCUCAGCCAAGCUCUCAGCAGCACAUGGACUGUUGUCGGUUCCAUCACGCCAUGGCCUGGGGGCACUGGUGUCAGCGGACAGCAGGGGUGCAGUGAAGGGUGUACUCCCAGCACCCCGGCUCUCUGGCAGGCGGGAAAGAUGAGGCGCUUGAUGACUUUCCAUGCUUUUCUAUUUGGCAGUUUACAAUUCUAGACUUUUCCUACUAUGGCGAUCUUUUUUAACUUAAUUCUUUGGAAGUAAACAAUAUUUUGGAGUCUUAACAAUUUGAUUUUGUACCGAUAAAUAAAAAUUAGGGAUCUUUCCUGUAGUCUAUAGUUUUACUAUUUUCAAAAGAUCUCUGAAUUUUACAAGGGAACCAACAUUCCUUAGUAGCAGAACUUUGAAAGAUGAUACGGGAGGCUUUUGCUGCAGGAUCUCAGAAGCAGUGGGAUGGUCUAGCGAACUGUUCCCAGUCGCUCCUUAGCUCUGCUCUGUCAGGACGGAGUCAUCCUUUAGUAUGCUGCAAAGAUCCGCCUUGUUGCACUUUCUCCAUAAUAAUAUGCCCUGUGAUUGGCUGACCAGGAAACAUUUUGUUUUUUACCUGACAAGAGUACUUUGGGGCAGGUGAUUAAAUUUAUAUAGGUACCUCAAGAAAAAGAACCUGAAUAUGCUGCAUUUUGUUUCUUUAGCUUUUAUAUGUAGCAUUUUGUUUUUGCUCUUAUUACUUUGUUUAGACAUAUGCUUUUGGACCCCACUAGACUGUUGAAAGAAAUGUUGAAAUUACUCUUGUAGCUAGACAGUACCUUUUUUUUUUCCCCUGACCACAAUAUCUGAUUCAAAGGUUGCCCACCAGUAGAGUGACCCUCUUCCCUAGUGCGCCUGCACAGGAGGGCGCUGUGUCUCCCAGCCCCUUCUGUCUGUGCUGCUUCCGGGAACCUUUCUCCAUGUCAUCGCGAGGUUGGAGAACUGACUUGACAAGGUUAGACGUUAAGCAUCACGGCAUCUAAAUGCUUCAACACAGACCUCACCGAGCUGCCGCCGCCGAGUAGCACGGCCCUAACGGUACUGUGGGCAUCAGGCAGCCAGGCACGCCUGUCUUGGGCCAGCACUCCCUCGGCCAGGCAGGCCGGGCUGGUCUCAGACUGAGUGAACUGGUGAAAAGCUAAAGGCAGGACCCCGAGCAUCGAUUGUCGUGUUUAGGCUUAGCUGGGUCCUUUCGAGUUUGUUUUACAGCUUACUAGGUUAAGUAGUUUGCACUAUUUUUGCAAUAAAUUCAUGGAAAUCUUAACAGUUACUUGUUUUGUUUCUUACUGUGUGUAUAUAAACUAAUACUGAAAGUUUGGCAUAGUGUUUUUUCACCUCCUUACAUAAACCUUAACAUGCACAGAAUGCUGUAAAUCUGAUCAAAUAUGAUGUGAAUGAUAUUUUAUAAAGUUAUUUUGUAUGGUGUCAGUUUUGUUUUGCCUCAUAGUAUGUCAGCAAAAAAUAAAAUAAAACCUCUCGUAUUUACA